CUGCGCAUGUACACACGCAGAAGUUGCCACUAUUUUUGUAAAUUUGUAUUCGAAGAAAAGCAGAUCUUUAAAAACCAUUUAAAACCUUCAAUUCAAUUCUUCUUCUCUCUCUUUUCUUUCUCUCUCUAACAGAUCCCCCAAAUAAUUUCAAUCUCGAGAGAGAAAGAAUUUGAUUUCUACACAGAGAGAAGCAAAUUCAAAUUUUCAAUUUCUUCCAUUUCAAACGAGUUUGUUCGACGAUCUCUUUUUCUUGGUGUUUUGAUUGAUUUGAAGAUAAAUCAAUAAUAAUGGCUCCAGUUUCAGCUCUUGCGAAAUAUAAGUUGGUGUUUUUGGGAGAUCAAUCUGUUGGUAAAACCAGUAUUAUUACUCGUUUUAUGUACGAUAAAUUCGAUAAUACAUACCAGGCUACUAUUGGUAUCGAUUUUCUAUCUAAGACAAUGUACCUUGAAGAUCGAACAGUCCGACUGCAACUUUGGGAUACUGCUGGCCAGGAGAGAUUCAGAAGUCUCAUUCCCAGUUACAUCAGGGAUUCCUCUGUUGCCGUCAUUGUUUAUGAUGUUGCAAGCCGGCAGUCUUUCCUAAACACUUCAAAGUGGAUUGAGGAGGUUCGAACUGAGCGUGGUAGUGAUGUUAUUAUUGUCCUUGUUGGAAACAAGACAGAUCUUGUGGACAAAAGGCAAGUCUCAAUAGAGGAAGGAGAGGCUAAAGCUCGUGAGCUCAAUGUUAUGUUUAUCGAAACCAGUGCUAAAGCUGGCUUCAACAUAAAGGCUCUUUUUAGGAAGAUUGCAGCUGCAUUGCCAGGAAUGGAAACUCUUUCUUCAACAAAAAACGAAGACAUGGUUGAUGUGAACUUGAAGUCAACUAAUGCAAGCAAUAACCAGUCACAACCCCAGGGUGGAGGAUGUGCUUGUUAAUCAACUCACAAGUCUUACUUGCAAUACUCGUAAUGGCCCUUCUUUCUCUUUUCGUUGCUUUAUCGACUUUUGAUCUACUUCCCCGUACCAUCUGUAAAGGUUUGAACUUUUUUUUUAGGGUCUUUCUUUUCCUAGUCCUUUUGGUAUAGUUAGCCAUCUGUAGCUAACUCCCUUUUGCUAUAUAUUCAAAAGAAAAAAAAGACAUUAGGGGGAACCCAACCGAGGUAGUUGGUGGACAACGUGGUCCUUCGAGUCUGUUUGUAUUAAGAUUUUUUAAGAACAAAUUAAUAGAGUUUUUAGUAAGUCAAUUUUACAUUUGA